AUGCCUCGCCUGCAGCCUCCUAGUGUAGCCUCCUUUCUCGUCAGCCUCACCUUGUUUGCAUUCGACGCGUCGCGAUCCACUGCCGCCCAACGCGCGCCGCGCUUUAGACGCAUGUGGCGGGACCGGUGGCUGGGGCUCAUCCUGGGCAUGUGGCUGCAGGCGUGCGGGGGGAUCUCGUACGCGUUCUCGUUAUACUCCGCCGCGUUAAAAGACAAGCUACAGUACUCGCAGGAGGCAGUGGACGGCUUAGGAACCGCCAAGGACAUCGGCGGGAACGUGGGGAUUGUAUCGGGUUUGCUGAUCGACCUCAUGCCCGCGUGGGCUAUCCUCGCUAUAGGCGCCGCCAUGCAUCUGUUCGGGUACUCCAUGCUGUACAUGGCGUCCAUGGGGAUCACCCGCCCUCCGUUCUGGCAGGUGCGUUCCCUCCCCUCUCCCCUCCCCCCCUCCCCCUUCUUUUUCAUCCAGCGGGAGAGUGAAGAAAAAGCAUAG